GUCACCUGCAGACAUCUCCUGUCUGGUUGUUUCAAAACACUCCAGGCAAGGGGAGCAGCCAUCCCUAUUCCAGGAACUCUCAGGAGUUUAACAUCUCUGAUGUGCUAUGGCAUUAGCAACAUGCUGCCCCGGUUUUUAAUUACAUCAUGGUGAUUAGCAGUCCAGAAAAUCACUUGAAACCAAUUAAAUAAUGUGCACCUAACUGAAGACUGCUGCAGGCUCUGGGGGCUGCUUCAGAGCAGUCACAGUUGAUAGGGUUUUAAACAGGCCCUCUCCCCCUCCCUGUAAAUGAUUUACCUACUUCAUUAUUUUUCAACUCCAACAGUAAUUGUUUUUUAGGGGUUUAGUAAAGCUGCUGUUAUGAGUGGUAGCAGUAAAACUUUCUCCUGUAUGUACCCCCCCAUGUCUGGGUCGAGGCCCUAAAGCGAGCUGUGGUUUUUCUGACCCCUGAAUUACUGCCUGUAGUUUCAAUGCUCUCACGUAGAGGUACCAAAGGUUCUGCUGCCCAAUGUCCCCCUGAGUAAAUCAGCCCUACAGCCCAAUCUGGCCUUGUAAUGGAGCAGCAGUGGAUGAUGCACUUGAGGUCAUUACUAACAAAUAUCCAAACCUCUCCAGAAGCAGUGGGAUUGAGAAGGGCUGAGAGCAAAAGGUGGUUUUCUCUCCCAAUUUUUUUUCAAUAUGUAACCACAUUUGCAUGAGAAAAGGUCCCUCCAGGGGCAGAUGUCCUUGUCCCUGACCAAGGGGGCUGCGAGCAGCUGUGGUGCCCAAGGGGGGUCUGUUUCCUUCUUCCCUCCAGCUGCCCCAUGAGCUGGCUUGGCUGCUCCUGCAGCCUUGGGGACCCCAGCCCAGAGCAGCCAGAAAACUCUCCUGGUCCCCUCCCUGUGCAGAACCACUUGGAAUCGUGGCUUAUGCCAGGGCCUGGAUUUAUUCUGCCACCCAGAAAAAAAAUCAAGGUGAGGAGACACCCGGUGUUCUGGGGGGGAAUCUGCUCAUCCCUUGUGGGUCCCCUGCACGAGGCCUCGAGGGGCUGCUCCCAGCACCAGUGUCCAACUGGCUCUCCUGUGUCCUUGCAGCUUGGUGGAGAAUGUGCUGGAGGGCAAAACCAAGAGCCUCCUCUCUGCAUGUUUCUCAAGUGUCUUCUGGCUUCCCCCAGAAAGGGAAAUGCCACGCUCAGGCGCUUCCCUCUACAUCAAGACCCUGAAGGCCAUGGACACAAUGCUGAGGACAUUGGUGCUCAGCUUUCCUGUCUCCAGUGUCAGCCAGGAGCUGCAGGACAUCUUUGAGAUGCUGCUGGACUUCACCAGAGCUGAGAGAGUUGUGUGGGAGAGGGCUGUGGGCAGGAUUGGUGUCCUGACCCUUUUGCCAUCCAAUUAUUCCACUCUGGAGAGCGAUCUGAAGACACCUACAGGGCAGAUGGAGGAGUCCCGUGGUCGGACUGUGCCUGAGCGGCCUCUGCAGGCCCCAGAAAGGGCAAACGAUUCCAGCUGGUUGCCUGUAUAUGAAGAAGCAGAGGAAGCUGUGGAUUUCAUCAUGGCCUUUGUCAGCAGCCUUGACAAGGACACCCACAAGUUCACAUUUCUGAAGAGUGUCUACGUGCUGUGCAAAACCGCCUUGAAACGUGGCUUGACCCAGGGCCUGGAUUUAUUCUGCCAAACGUGCGAAGUGGUGGACAACAUCAAGGACAUCCUGGAAAAGGAGCCAAGGGACCAUGUGUCCUUACGGGUCCGGUAUCUCGCCAUGAUUACCAUCGAUGAAUUAAGCUUGGUGGAGAAUGUGCUGGAGGGCAAAACCAAGAGCCUCCUCUCUGCGUGUUUCUCAAGUGUCUUCUGGCUUCCCCCAGAAAGGGAAAUGCCACGCUCAGGCGCUUCCCUCUACAUCAAGACCCUGAAGGCCAUGGACACAAUGCUGAGGACACUGGUGCUCAGCUUUCCUGUCUCCAGUGUCAGCCAGGAGCUGCAGGACAUCUUUGAGAUGCUGCUGGACUUCACCAAGUCUGAGAGAGAAGUUGUGCAGGAGAGGGCUCUGGGGAGGAUCGGUGUCCUUACUUAUUUGAUGUCCAACUAUUCCAUUCUGAAGGCCUCUGUCAACUUUGGAAGAGACAGUUCUGGACGUGUCUGCCCUGAAGACAUCUCAAUCCCAAUCGUGGGAAAGCUGCUGGCACGUCUCAUUCUUUUCCGAUGUUCCAGUGAACAUACAAGCUAUACAGCCUUCCAUGCUCUUUUUUCCCUCGCUGAAUUCCUCUACAAGUCAAGGCCAAUUGACAGGUCAGACCAGCUCGUUUGGGAAGGUGUGACCACCUCCUCCUUGUGUUCCCUGAGCACCAAGGACUGUACCCAGGCCUUUGGAAGAUAUCUCCGCUCUAGCGAGAGGACAGACGUCAUCCUCGAGGCCAUUGGGGCGUUGAGAGAUGACAGCAUCCUUGACAAGGAGGUGCCCAGCAGCAUGCUGGAUGUGGCCAUGAGAGACCCAGACUCCUGGCUGAUGGAUGUGCCCAAGAUAGUCAGCUGCAUCCUUGAAACCCUGCCAUGCAUCACCACGGAGUCAGGCUGUAAGAAAGUGGAGUCACUGUUUCUCCUGAUGACCAACGAGUAUGGCUCAGCAGUGCUCAUCAGCCUGUGUGAGAUGGCUUUUCAAGGAGACAGCACUGUGCAGGAACUGUGCGACACUCUGUCCUCCAUGCCUGAGAUCUUGGACAAGGUCCUAACGGGAUUGGCUACCUUGCUCCGCAACCAGUGGUGCAACCCUCGCAGAGAAGGCACCUGCGCCUCUCGCAGAGCCUCGUCCUCGGGGCAGAUUGAUGUGGAGGAGUUGGGUGACGAGCCCAACGUCUGGAGCGAUCAGGAGCAUGUCGAUGUGCUGAUGGCCUUCGUGUUGCUGGAAGUCCUCGCUGAGCUGUCAGAGAGAGCUGAGAUGGCAAAAAAAGUUGACGCCUUCCUGCCAAGCAUGAUGAAGAUACUGGAAGCUGGCAGUGAAGAUGAAAAGCUGAAGAUCAUUGUGGUCUUCCGAAAUAUCCUGGGUCAGCUGAAAAAGGCAAAGGCCAGCUCCAUCGCCAUGAUGCUGGUGGGGAAGGUGCUGCCGCUCUUUGACUCGGAGUGCAGCCAGCUGCGAGAGCUCUCCCUGUUGCUCUUCAGAGACCUGCUGAAGGCUGUGUUGAGUAGGGAUGAGAAGAAGAUGAGGAGGAACAUUCAGAGUGCUCUGGUCCCUCUUCUCUUCCGUCUGAAUGACCAUAUCCCCAGCGUGGCUAAGGCCUCCAGGGAAGCCCUUUUUGCUGCUGCAGAGCUUCUCAAAUGGAAGCAGCUCAAGCACCUGCUGCAGAGAGAGCGGAUGUGGGAGCUUGGAGAAUGCUUGCUGCUGAGGAGGAGCAGCAGGGCUGAAGAGUACAUGCAUCAGAGCCUGCCCUACCUGAGGGACUCUCAGUCCUCCGUGCGCCUGGCGGCCGUCAGGUUCAUCAGGAGCGCCACGACACACAUGAGGGACCAGGAUUUGGAGACUCAGACUGACGUCCUCAGUGCCCUUCAGCCCUUGGAGACGGACAGGGACAUCUCGAUCAGUUCCAUGGCAGCCCACGCUGGCUCGAUCCUAAGAGCUCCAAGGGUGCGGCGAAGAUCAUCGGUCAUUCUCCAAAUGCUGUGCUGCUGGUGCCGGUGAGCCCAGCAGAGUUGUAGUUUUCUGUAGCUGCUGGUGCCGGUGAGCC